AUGUCAUUCGAGAGCGUCAUGCCCCCGUACAACGCCACGGACCCAUCGGCCUCUUUCCUCAACUCUUCGUGCCUGGACUUCCUUCUCAUCGAGCUUGUGCCCCUGGCCUUCCGCGUGACAAGGGAGCUCGACGACGACCUUCCUUCGGGCGACGCAGCAAACCGUACGGGCGCAGACGCGCCUUCGAGCGCCGGUGGCCGUGCAUCGGCGGACGCAUUGUCGUCUGUGAGCCAUACUCAUGGCGGAGGUGCAGCCGGCGGCCCUGCGCCGUCGUCCGCGGAGGGCGCCGCGGGGGGCAGCAUGGCGCGGAAGAUGGACGAGGACGAGGAGCGUGAUGCAGUCUUCUACCGCCUUGAGACAUUGGGAUAUCGCGUUGGACAGGGGCUUGUGGAGAGAUUCUCAAGGGACCGGCCGCGGUUUAACGACACGCUCGACGUCAUCAAGUUCGUCUGCAAGGACCUUUGGUCGCUGGUGUUUAGGAAACAGGUGGACAACCUCAAGACGAAUCAUAGAGGCGUUUAUGUGUUGACGGACAACUCGUUCAAACCAUUCUCACGAAUGAGCACAGAAGCCGGCGGACAAGCUGUUGUUCGGGCACAACCGUUCCUCUGGUUUCCAUGCGGGAUCGUGCGUGGAGCCCUGGCGGCAUUGGGGAUUAACGCCACCGUCCAGGCCGAGACGAACGAGUUGCCGGCCGCCAUCUUUCAGAUCAAGACACUACCAUCCAGUGCAUAA